AUGCCCACUCGUCGCAAGAAUGUUGACUUAAACAGACUGAAACGUUCUUGUAAAAGAAGCAAAGUCUUCGAGUUACUAUCUUUGGCUUAUGUCCAAUACCUCCUGGUAUUCAUAAUAUGGGGAGUACUGUUUGUAGUAAAUCAAUCAACGGACAUGAGGUUUGAGUACUUUUGGCCUGUUUGGCUGUCUGUUUGCUCGAUACAUGACUCACUGAAGUUCCAAGGACUGCAAUACACAAUUGUAUUUAUCAUUAUUUUGAUUACAAUUGAUUUAAUAUGUUUCUUCUUGGUACCUGUGUCAUGGGUUUACACAUUCGGCAGUGUGCAUGUAUGGGUAUACAUUCUGCGGCAUACUGAUCAAGGGUUGUGUUUCCUCACUUUGUCGCUGUGUUUUGUUUUCAUAUAUUUCGAAUUUAGUCUCUACUCAAAAGCAACGAAACCCACUCACGGCAUUUAUGUUUUCCGUCCAUUUGCAGCACACAGCAUUGGUUAUUCGGUAGUUUGUGUGGGAUUUUCUGUAAAACGGUACCUGGAUAUCAACUAUCGAGAUUUUAAAAGGAUGAAUGUCAGAAGACAAAAUUACAUGCAUUUUCGAAUUCUUUAUGAAGCUCUCCCACCUUCAUCGGUAAAUGACAACGCUUACGUUCAACAUAGUCUUGAUUAUUUUCAUAAGGAUUCCAUAGAAGUUCACGAAGUUGUAUUGUCCAAUGAUUUCUCAUCAGAUUUUUCUAGUCGGUCGGUAUUCAUACUUUUUCGCUUUGGUCAGUCGUGUUUUGGUCGUUUAGCUCGAUGGGCUUUCAGCUAUUUUAGAUCUAUUGAUAAACAAUACUUGGAUUUUGACAGUCGAACUGCACGUUUUAACCAUUCCUCGACUACGAUAGUGAAUGGAGUAAUAUCAAAUACAUAUGUUACUGAUGCUGGUCGACGUCGAACUAUACAGUGCCUUGACUCAAGUCUGUCUGGAUCACAAAUCGGUCGUCGAUAUACCACAGAGAAUCCAGUGAACCUUUACCCAAAUUCUAAACCUACAGUUAAUGGUUGUGUUCCUAAGCAAUCUAAUAGUGGGAAACCAGUACGUGAACGAGGUGCUAAGGAAGAUCCAGUAACAAGAUUAGAGAGUAACGUUAGACGUCUCCGUUCAGAAUUACAGUCCAUGCGUGGACUGGAAACACAAUUGCGUAACCAGUUAAACAGUCUUCAACAUGACGAUCACCUCAAUCGACUCAGUCUGUCCAACCAGCGUCAAGAGAACGAGGGUAUUUCAUCACGUAUUUCAAAGCUUGCUAAUAAAUGCCGUACUGAGCGGAUUAAUUUAAACACAAUUGAGCAAAAUUUAGGUGAAGAAGUUCGUUUGCGUCAGUUGGUUGAAGCUCAACUCACUGAAAUAGGUGUAAUUCCUGUGCGUAGUUUUGUGGGAUCAAACAAUCCUAAUAGCGUAUUUAGCAAUUCAACUGAAAAGAGUAUUCCAACAUCUAUGUCCCUUAUUCAGGCCUCUUCUAAUAAUGACUCAUCGUCGAAUCCUAAUGUCUUAAUACUUCAACCAAGCGAAAGUGAAAAAAUAAUGGGUAAUUAUUGCUGUAGACUACGUCAACUACUAGAGUCAAAGAUUUAUGCACUUAGAUUAACUGUGAAAUAUCGUGAAAACUUGACACUAGCUUCCAAAAUGCACCAUUCAGGUCAGCUGGUUUCCGAGUGUCUAACCAAUACAAACUUAAAGGUUGUAGACACUUCAAAUUAUGAUAGCAGUGUUCAUCAAUAUGAUUCACAAUCUUUGUCAUGUCGACUUCAAUCCGGACAUUUUAUAACCAAAGAUGUUUAUUGUUGCAUUUUAAACUCAAAUGUAGAAAAUUUGCAUAAUGUUGCUAUAAUUAGUCAACAUACAUCCACAAAUAACCAUAGGCAUGCAUUUUUAGAAAAUUGUUUCAAUUUAGCUAAUGAGAAACGAGAACGUUUGGCAAAUAAAUUACGUACAGAGAAUUGGCAAAAACAAGAAUUACUCACAUUAUAUCACACAUCUGUACGGGAAAUAACUGAACUCAAUAAAACCCUCAAACAACGUGAUUUACAAAUCUUAGAACUUACGAUGAAAAUAGAACAACUUGAGUGUUUACCAAAAAGUACUAGUCGAUGUAAUCCUGUCAGUCAGGCCGGAUAUAUUGCAACAACAGCAGCAUUGACAGAGCCAUUAAGUGAUUCGGUUGAUGAUCCUACAAAAUUUUGUUUAGAUGAUAGACAGUUCCCAUCUAAUAAACAACGGGAUAUGUCAUCUCUACUGUCAACAUACAAUAUAGGUCAAUUGUUUACCAGUACCUCGACAAAUACACUUGGUAACAUGCUUAUCCACUCUGCCUCAGCAAAGCAUGGUAAUAGUGGUAGUGAUAAUACCGUUUUACAGACUUCUAGAUUGUGUGCAUCAGCCAUCCCAUCCAUAACUUCAUUCACGAACUUUGCAAGUUAUAAUUACCCUGCAAUUUAUGCUCAUACAACUGAUCACUAUAAAGACAAACAGAAUCUAAUCUUCACAGGACCUGUUACUUCUACUUUCCACACUAACUUAUCUUCAUCUUGUCUGUUAACUUCUCGAAUAUGUUCCUCCUUCUCGUCGUCGUCAUCGUCAUCUUCAAAUAUGAGCUGCGUGGUGCAUGCAGACGUACAGACAGUUAAUAAUUAUAAAGAAUCAUCUGUUAUUACAUCAAUCAGUAGUAGCUGCCCAAUUGUACAUCAACGGCAUCACCUAAAAUAG